AUGUUGAACCUUAUCCCAACAACCAGGCAAACAUUGCUGCGCGGCGGUCGCGCUUUCUCUACAACCGCCACGGCCGGCGACCUAGCUCGAAUGCAAGUUCUCGGACGCCUCGCAGCAGACCCAGAACUCAAAACAACCAGGAAUGGAAAAGAUUAUGUCCGAUACACAGUCGCCACGUCCGACCCACCCUCUGGUCCCGCUGAAGAUGGAGAGCGAGCGCCCACUACCACUUCUUACCACAGGUUUUAUGCCUUUGGCGAUAGGGGCGUAGACAGGAUGAAGAAUAUCAGGAAGGGUUAUCGGGUCUUGGUGGAUGCCGAGUUCAGGAUUGAAAGGACUCCUGGCGAGGAAGGCCAGGCUGGUCGGGAUACUCUUCUGGCUAUGCAUCGCAGCAUCCAGGUCAUUUCGAAGCCUAAGGAGGCUGGUGAGGCCUAA